AUUGGUUCUCUCGAACGAUACAACAAAUGAAAACGAAGUUUACAAACAGCUUGUCGGUUAAACGCAAUGCUCGCGUUGGAUGAAUCAAAAUAUUUUUUAUAUAUUUGCGUAAUUACAGCUAAUCUUUAGUACAUAGUUUGUUCUGAUUUACAGAGGAAAUCAAUAUCUACAUUUAUUUGACAGUCUUGCAGUGACACAAAGCAGAGAAAUAAGGAAUUCUCCACAAUCCAGUGAACCAUGUCUUUGUCUAGCAGGGAAUGGGAUGACCUCAAAUCCUUACUGGACAAGACCGUUCACAAAUUCCUCGGCUUCACCGAACCUUCGCUAGUCACAGCAGCCCUCAACUGUAUCGACAAAGGAUAUGACAAGACUAAGACAAUCAGUAAACUGGAAGUCAUUCUGGAUGACAGACAGGCUGAGAAAUUUUCGGAGAAACUGUUUGAUGUGUGGGAUGAUUACAGGACAAAGAGUCAGCGAAAGAAAAGGAAGGAGGGCGAUAGAGAGAAAGACGAGGCCUCAGAGAGGAAAAAGCGGAGAUUCGUGGAUGAUGGUCCAGUGGAAAUGCCAGUCAUUCCAGGUCCUGGGAAUCCCAGUCCAGGUCAGCUGACCGGAGACAAGAUAAAGGAAAUGAUGGCCAAUGCUAAGUCUAUGAUCAAUGAAAGGAAGACCCAACUGUCAGCGAUGAUGCCUGCUCCCCCUAGGCCUUCACUGGGCGGGCUGUCGCAUAAUGAAAUCCUCAUGAAUGAGGCGUUAGAAAAAGUGAGGCGAGCCCAGGAACUGCAAGCCAAGAUACAGAACCAGAUGUCUGGUCUCAUGCAGGGGAAAGGGGGUCAAGGUGCUGUAAUACCAACAAAACCCACACCGCUGAUCUUGGAUGCCGAAGGUCGGACAAUCGACGCCAAAACAGGACAGACCAUUCAGCUGACUCAUCAUACCCCCACGCUAAAGGCUAACAUCCGAGCCAAACGGAGGGAGCAAUUCAAAGGCUUGAUAGAAAAGCCCCCGGAGGAGAUCAGCGAGGGCAAAUACUUUGAUCCCAGAGUCGGUGCACGUCAGGCUCAAAGGCCAAAGAGGGGGUUCAAGUUCCACGAACACGGGAAGUUCGAGGUCAUUGCCUCUAGACUUCGUGCCAAGGCACAGCUGGACAUUUUACAAAGUGAAAUCGCUCAAGCUGCCAAGAAGACUGGGAUUGCCUCUGCCGCUAAGCUGGCCACCAUUGCACCGAAGAAGGAACUGAGAGAAGGCGAGAUUCCGGCCGUGGAGUGGUGGGAUAGCUAUCUUCUUCCUACGGACAGCUACGAAGAUAUUGAUGACAGAUUGAAGGACGGGAACUUUGAAGGGGUCACUCAUCUAGUGGAACACCCUUUACAGCUCAAACCUCCAAAUGAACCAGAAAAAGAACCACAAGUACCAGUUUAUCUCACAAAGAAAGAGAGGAAAAAACUACGACGGCAAAAUCGGCAAGAAAACCAGAAAGAGGUCCAGGAGAAGAUUCGACUGGGUCUGGUGCCCCCGCCGGAACCGAAGGUGCGUAUGGCCAAUUUAAUGCGAGUGUUGGGGACAGAAGCGGUGCAGGAUCCCACUAAAGUGGAGGCCCAUGUCAGGGCACAGAUGGCAAAACGACAAAAAGCACAUGAAGAGGCUAAUGCAGCACGAAAGCUGACCACAGACCAGAGGAGGUCAAAGAAAGAGAAAAAAAUCAAAGAGGACACAACUCUAGGGGUCCACGUCUCAGUGUACAGACUGAGAGAUUUGACUAAUCCUGCUAAGAAGUUUAAAAUAGAAGCCAAUGCUAAGCAGCUGUUCAUGACCGGCAUCGUUGUCAUGCACAAAGAAUGUAAUGUUGUAGCGGUGGAGGGCGGGCCAAAACAACAGAGGAAAUUCAGGCGACUCAUGCUGCAGAGAAUCAAGUGGAAUGAGGAUAAACACAAAAGAUCGACAAAAGAUGAUGAUGACAGCGAUUCAGAAGAAGAGCAAGACAAGUCCAACAAAUGUGUCCUAGUAUGGGAGGGAACCACACAACAGAGAGCUUUCACAGACAUCAAAUUUAAAGUGUGCCCCACGGAGGCCUUUGCGCGUGAACAGUUCAAGAAGUGUGGCGUUGAACAGUACUGGGAUCUUGCCUUCAGUGGUUCUGUGUUAGAGUCCACACAAGACGACGAUUUCCUCUAGCGAACCACUGAACUCCAAUCUUACUCUUCGAUGAAAAACACAUCUAAAACAAAUUCGGCAACUGUGUUAUAUCUGACAAGAGAAGGCGAAUGUACAGUUAUACGCUUUUAGCAGGGGACGCAAUGAAAUAGCAUUUUAAUGAGACAGAGAAGAUGUGAUGUGCGCCAACGUUGUAAGAACUAUGGACAUCUGGAGAGAAGUUUUGUGUUUUCUCUGGGAGUUGAUAAUACGUACUAGAGUUAUGAAGCAUGAGAAGAACUGACCAUUAUCACCUGAACCCAGUUGCAUGAUGGUUAGUUAACUUUAACAGACAGUUAACUUCUCAUUAACUCUUACAUUAAACGUUAACUGUCCGUUAAAUUUUCCUCAUCGUCGUGCAAUUGGGCCCUGACCUAUAGAAUUCCUUUGGAAGAAAGGAAAUCCUUGACGAAUUUUUGUUAAUUGGAUAAAAUUGUUUUACUCAAUAAACUUGAAAAAAAUUGGUUUAGAUGAUAAA